AGACUCCUUGUGGACCGCGAAUGGUCUUUCUUAUUGUUCAGUCUUUGUUAUUAUAGUGAUGAUACGAUAACUGAUAAGUAAUAGUCAAACAGAUAACAGAUUACACUGAUUACAGCAUGUCUUAUGAGCAUUAAGACAGUAUUGUUUGUUAAUACCGCAUUAAGCCGUUAAUUGUUUAUACGUCUUAUUUACUUGGUUUAUUUGUAAAAUUGAUUUACCAUUUGUUUUGUUAUGUUAAACUAUUAUGCUACUAUAGUUUACCGGAAUUGUAUUUUUCCACUAUAAUCUUUUUCCCAGAUUUUUAACUAUAAGUUUAUCGAAUUGUACCUAUUUUUACUACUAACAAAGGACAGUAAUAUUAAUUGUAUAUAAUAUAAUUACGUUUAAACUUGCUAAUAGUUUUUAUUGAUAAAGGCAAUCCAAUACAAAGUUUUAUUUUUUUUUCCAAAAUGAGUAUGUUAUUUGAUCAAAUAAAAUUGUUACACAGCCAAAAAUUGCAUUCCAAUGUCAUAAAAGUGGCAGAAAUGGUUUUAAAAGUUAGUGAACAUACAACAGAUAUCUUAACAGCGCCACACAAAUUCCGUGUAUUAGCAUAUCAGGGUGAUUCACAUUACUCCUUAGGCAAUUAUCGUCAAGCAGAAGCUGCUUAUAUAACAGCGUUGACAUUUAAAGAAGCCUGGAUUUCAGCAAACCCUCCACAAACUCCAUAUGAUGGCGCAAAAGAUCCUAUGCCUGUUUUAGAUAUUAAAUAUCAACUGCAUCUAUGUUUAGUGAAAUUAAAAGAUAAUAAACAGGCCUUAACUGUCUUACAAUCGGUACCAUCCAAACAAAGAAAAACUAAAAUUAACAUGGCUAUAGCAAAACUUAAUCAUCAAAUGGGCAAUAUAGUUCACGCUGUUACUGCUUAUAACAAAGUUCUAAAAGAAUGUCCAUUAGCAAUUGAAGCAGCUGAAGGACUUUUAAGCUUAGGGGUUAAAGGAACAGAAGUGAAUGCUAUGAUGUUAGAAAUGGUUGGAAUUAAUGGACUUGAAUGGAUCAGUGGCUGGAUAAAAGCCCAUGCUUAUCUGUUUCAACAGACUGAGUAUCCUGCAGCAAUCAAUACAUUAAAACAACUGGAUGAUAAUUCACCUUUAUGCAAUAGUAAUAGAUUAUUAGUAGCUAUUGGAAAGUCAUAUUAUUUUUAUGGAGAUCGUAAAAAUGCGCUUAUUUACCUACAAAGAGCUUAUAGGUUAAAUCCACUAAUGCAAGAUGGUCUGUGCACACUAGCCAUGUGUCUAUACAUGGAAAAACACAAUAGAGAUUUAGAAAAAUUGCUCCCAACAAGUUAUACAGAUGAAUCAUCGAUUGACUCCCAUAUGUGGAUAGUUCUUGCUUUUGUGUGUUAUAGCAAUAGUAAUUAUUCUAAAGCACUGUGCUUAGCUCAAAAAGCUUGUUCUGUUGAUCAAAAAAAUAUUGAAGCGCUAUUGUUGCACGGAAUGAUUUUAACAAGUAUGAAAAAGUAUUCUGAUGCUAUUUUACAAUUCCGUAAAGCUAAUGAUAUUGCGUCUUAUCUUUUUGAUCCGCAUAAAGGUAUGGUAGAUUGUUAUAUAGCAUUGCAUAAGAUGAGAAAUGCUGUGACAGCUGCUAGUAAUUGUUGUAAACAAAUGAAUAACCACCCCAAAGCACUAACAUUAUAUGCUUCAAUACUCAUGAAAGAUCCAAUGACAGUGAGCAAAGCAAAAAUACUUUUGGAAAGAGCAUUAAAUGUCGAUGAAUACUAUCUCCCAGCAAUAUAUAUGAUUGCUCAGAUAUACGAACAAGAAGGAAAUCUCAGUCCUGCUGUUGCUGUAUUGCAUAAGCAAGCAUUAGAUCAACCAACUUGUAGAAUAUAUCAAAUGCUUGGCGAUUUAAGUGUCAAACAAAAUCAACUAGAAAAAGCGUUUGACUUCUAUUAUUCUGCACUCAACCUCGACCCUAAUAAUAAACGAGUUAUGGAGAGUUUAGAGAGUUUGGGGAAACCGUGUAAUACUUCAACAGCCACAUCCGCAGAUUCGACUGGACCCGUUUUAAAUGGGUCACUUUUAGAUGCAACAUUUAGUGGUGUUAAUAAUGCUGAAAAUGAAUCAACACCAUUCAAUAAUGCUGUACAUGAAGAAGAUACAUUUAUGGAUUCUGAUCAUGAAGGAUCUGGAUCAGACAUAUCCAUAUAAUUGUCCAUGGCUGUUUUAUGUAAAUGAACUCAGAUAUUUUAAAUAAGUUAAGUUAUUACUUAUUUUCUUAUUGAUCUGCCUUGUGAUUAUGACAUGAAUAGUGGACAAUUUCACCAUUUGGGCAUCUUACAAACGCACUGAAACAUUUAGAUAAUGUAUAUUUUGUAUUUUAUUAUUUAAUUAAUUAAAGUACCUUUGAUUUCCAAA